AUGGAGACAGAGCAAGGGAAAGCAGAAGAAGAGGUGCUAAUUCUUUCCCAUUCUCCAUCUUCUCACCAACCCAACAACAAUGCCACAAAGCCAAAGCCAAAGAGAUUCGUCAAAAAUCAAAUUCCAGAUUCAAUCCUCAACGACCCUCUACUCAACGCCGCCAUCGCCGUCCUCCCCUCCAACUACAAUUUUGAGGUUCACAAGUCCGUUUGGCGAGUGCUCUCCACCGGGGCCAAGCGCGUCGCCCUCCAGUUCCCGGAGGGUCUCCUCAUGUACUCCCUCCCCCUCUCCGACAUCUUCACCACCUUCGCCGCCGUCACCCACUGCUACGUCCUCGGUGACGUCACCUACGGCGCCUGCUGCGUCGACGACUUCUCCGCCGCCGCCCUCGGCGCUGACCUCCUCAUUCACUACGGCCACAGCUGCCUCGUCCCCAUCGACUCCACCACGAUCCCCUGCCUCUACGUCUUCGUCGACAUCAAAAUCGACGUCCCCCACUUCGUCGACACUGUCAGGUUGAACCUCGAAUCCCGUGCCCAAACCCUAGUCGUCGCCGGGACAAUCCAAUUCGCCUCCGCGAUUCGCGCCGCCAAGCCCCAAUUGGAGCAGUUAGGGUUUAGGGUAUUGGUUCCUCAGUCGAAGCCACUCUCAGCGGGUGAGGUUCUGGGUUGCACCGCGCCCAGGGUUUCGUCGAGUUCGCUUGGUUGUGGCGUUGGGGAAAGCGUUUUGGUGUUUGUGGCCGAUGGAAGGUUUCAUUUGGAGGCAUUCAUGAUUGCGAAUCCGGGGAUUAGGGCAUUCAGGUAUGACCCAUACAUGGGGAAGUUGUUCCUGGAGGAAUACGAUCACGUGGGUAUGAAGCGGUCGAGGAAAAAUGCGAUUUUGAAAGCGAGGGAGGCUCGGAGUUGGGGUGUGGUUUUGGGGACUCUCGGGAGGCAAGGGAAUCCGAGGAUAUUGGAGAGGUUGGGGGAGAAGAUGAGCGAGAGAGGGUUGGAUUACACUGUGGUUUUGAUGUCGGAGUUGAGUCCUAUGAGGGUUGCUCUGUUUGAGGAUUCUGUGGACUCUUGGAUUCAGAUUGCGUGUCCGAGGUUGUCCAUUGACUGGGGUGAGGCGUUUGUGAAACCGGUGCUCACUCCUUUUGAGGCAGAGAUUGCACUGGGAGUGAUACCUGGGUGGUGGGAGAAGAAUGAGGUUUGUGAAGAGGGUGUGGGUUGUUGCAAGAGGAGUGGUUCUUGUUGUGAAGAGGGUGCGAAGGGAGAGGAGGAUUUUGGUGGAGAUUAUCCAAUGGAUUACUAUGCUCAAGAUGGUGGGGAGUGGAAUUCAUCGUAUGUCAAGAAGUCUACUCGUCCUGCCAGGAGAGUCUCGGUGUCCUCUGUCGCUGAUACUACCAUUUCCCAAUAG